GAGAAUGCACCUGUUGAUGAACCAUAUUACCCGUCGCAGCAAUCGUAUCCGGGUUAUGGGGUAUACGGGGAUGAAGGUGGAUACGGAAGUUACAGUGGAUACGGUGGUGAUGGUGGAUACGGGGGUGAAGGUGGUUACAGUGGAUAUGGGGGCUACGGUGGAUACGAUAGAUAUGGGGGUGACGGUGGUUACAGUGGAUACGGGGGUGAAGGUGGUUACAGUGUAUACGAUAGAUCUAGGGAUGAAGUUGGAUACGGUGGAUACGAAGAACAUGGUGGAUAUGGUUAUGAGUCCCGUAACACAUCACUUUAUGAACCAUCUACCCCGGGCAAUCCAUUUCAAGUAAAUGAGAAAAAUGGAGGAAAUGGAUUUCGAAGUAGAUAUUCCGGAGCAGCCGCAGCGGAAACGGCGGGCGCGUCCACCGCCAGAUCCUCUAGAGAAUCACCCGUAUUUGGAGUUUCCUCUGGAGUCCGAGGCUGCGCUCCGUUGCGAGAAGCUUCGGAAGAUGCAUAUUGGUGAACACUUUGCGGUUUCGUGGAAAACCCUCCGGAAGCUUGAGGUUGAAGAUUGGGUGCGGGGGUUUGUUCCCGUUGAUUCACCGUGGGAUCGUCUGUUUGAGCUAUCGUUUACGCCGACCUACAGGGAGAUACUAGUCGAGUUUCUGUCGUCGUUCGAGUUUCAUCCUCGUCGGCCAAAUGAGGUUGUGGACCCCGCGCAGCCCCCUCCCCCGCCCGAGGUUUCUUUUCGCAUGGCUGGCCAGGCGCGCGAAAUGUCACUUGCACAGUUUGCGGUGCAUAGCGGUUUGUAUACGGAGGCUGAGAUUGCUACGGAUCUUUAUACGAAGGGGCUCGUAAUGAUUGAUAAACCCACGCUAUUAGGGUUUUGGGAUCUGAUCGCGGACAUCCGUCAUUGGGACCACCACCAAUCCAAGGGGAGGAGUACGCUGAUUGAGGAUCCGCUCUUCAGGUAUUUGCACAAGAUGAUUUCCACUUCGAUCACUGCUCGAAACAAAAGCCGGGAGUGGUGUACGAGUGGUGACUUAUUCUUUUUGUAUUGCCUCUUAUACAAGAGGCCGUGCGCUCUCGCCUACGGGUUGGCGCAGUAUUUCGCCUCCGCGCAUCAUCGACAGGAGCGCGGAAUGCUAUUCGGCGGCGCUUACGUGACCAAGAUAGCCUAUUCGUUGGGCUAUCAUCCGGAGAACGACCGCGGCCGUGUAGGCCCGGCGGCACAGCCAAAGCGGAUGGGGAUGAACACAAUAAACGGGAUGCAUAUUACCAAAGACUUUCCAUGCGGGAAGCGGUUAAAGAAUCUGGACGGCACGCAAUACCAGCUUAAGGAACUGCCAGAAGAGUUCCCUCUGAUUUAUCCCCCGCGGGAUCCGGAGCCGCCGGAGCCGCAUGACCCGGCCGCCGUUCUUCCGCGGCCACCACAGCCGCGUGGACCACCCGGGGCGCCCCAGUUCCCACGCCAUGUUAUGCCCGGUCCUGACCCGUCACAUGAGCGGCUGCUUCGAAACGUUGAGAGAAACAAUUAUUUGUUAGAGUGGGUGGCUGCGGCGCUGCAGCAGCAGCGACAACAUGACGGGUUACCUCCACUACCCUUCAUUGCGGAUGCGGACUGGGAUCAGCAUCAGCGGUUAUAA